AUGUUUAAGUACGCUACACGAGGCAUUCGCAAUGUGCCUUCCCUGUACACCUGUACACUGUUGGCUAUCUGCCUCGGAGCUUCGAAUUUCGUCACCGGUGAAACGUCCGAAAGUUAUCUGCCAGUCGUGAAUACAACACGUGCGGGUUUCGACCUGGAGUCACUACUGUAUUUUAACAGCACAGACGAUUAUCCCGACGAGGACGGUGCUGCUGAUGGCGAGAGUCGAAGCAUUGACGACGAUCCUCGCAUUAUUAAUGGCGAGGACGAGGACGUGGUCGCGAAGUUUUUAGGUCUGGUCGAGGAGUACAAAAAGAACAAGAAAAAUUGCACGAAAGGCACUUCGUAUAAUUUAGGCGCCGGAGUCGUUAGACAGUAUGGUCAGAACCGGUUUCGUAAUCAAGCGCUCGUUGCCGUAAAUCGGGCCAAUUUUCUCACAAGAAUUUGGAAGAGUGCAGAACCAGAAGUGCUGAACUCUGAGUUUCUCUUAUACUCUGCUGUUCGGAAUAUGGUUGAAGGAGAUCCCGAUAUGUUUGCAGCUGUUUCUUCAUAUCUAUCUAUCAAUCUAGUAUCUAUUUUUCUCAGUCUGUUCAUAUCUAUUUCAGUCUAUUCAUAUCUAUCUAUCUAUCUAUCUAUCUAUCUGAGUGUAUUCGUACCUAUCUAUCUAUCUAUUCUAGCCGAUUUCUUUAUUUAUCCACCUAUUAGUAUCUAUUUAUCUAUCAGAGUUGUAUUCGUAUCUAUCUAUCUAUCUAUCUAUCUAUCUAUCUAUCUAUCUAUCUCUUCUAUUCAUAUCUAUCUAUCUAUCUAUCUGAGUUGUAUUCGUAUCUAUCUAUCUAUCUAUCUAUCUAUCUAUCUAUCUAUCUAUCUAUCUAUUCUAGCCGAUUUCUUUAUUCAUCCACCUAUUACUAUCUAUCUAUCUAUCUAUCUAUCUAUCUAUCUAUCUAUCUAUCUCUGUGUUUAUUUAUUUCCGUCUGUUCAUAUCUAUCUUUCGGACAACUUCAAGCAUUAUCCCGCUCGAAACCUCUGCUACAAUAUCAAUCUCUCUAUCUAUUAUCUAUUCAUCUAUCUAUUCAUAUCUAUCUAUCUAUCUAUUUUGGUCUUUUCAUAUCUAUCUAUCUAUCUAUCUAUCUAUCUAUCUCGGUCUGCUCAUAUCUAUCUAUCUAUCUAUCUAUCUAUCUAUCUAUCUAUCUAUUUCGGUCUUUUCAUAUGUAUGUCUGUACGUAUCUAUCUAUCUAUCUAUCUAUCUACCUCGGUCUGUUCAUAUCUAUCUAUCUAUCUAUCUAUCUCAGUCUUUUCAUAUCUAUCUCGGACUGUUCAUAUCUAUCUAUCUAUCUAUCUAUCUAUCUAUCUCAAUAGAGUUAUUAUUUUUUAUUCUAUCUAUCUAUCUAUCUAUCUAUCUAUCUAUCUAUCUAUUUAUCUCUUAUUCUCCGUUUCUAUCUAUCUGUCUCUCUCUUAUUCUCUGUUUCUAUCUAUCUGUCUCUCUUUCUAUGUUUCGGUUUCCCUUACUAUCUUGGAUAUUACUAUGCCAAGUCGAUAUCUAUCUAUCUGUCUAUCUACCUAUCUAUCUAUCUAUCUAUCUAUCUAUCUAAACCAAUUCAGUAUCUAUCUAUCUAUCUAUCUAUCUAUCUAUCUAUCUAUCUAUCUCUGCGUUGUAACCUAG